UGUUGGAAAUCUUCAACCAAAACACUGAGGACCCGAGCAGAUUGUAAACAACUGCAAGAAACUGUGACAGCCAGCCAACUUUCUCAGCGUCGAUCCAGCAAACUGUGAAGCUACACCGAAUCACCAGUAACCUGUCCAGUAGACAGGCCGUCUCAAUGCAUUACAGAGGACCGAAAACACCGAGGGGAUCAUGGAUGUGUACGAUUUGUUUAGUAGUUGCAGAAAGGGCGACAUUUGUAGAGUUAGAUACCUUGUUGAACAAAGAGAUGUGGACCUCAAUGUAAGAGAUAAAUGGGACAGCACCCCGUUGUAUUAUGCCUGUCUCUGUGGUCAUGAGGAGCUGGUCCAGUACCUGUUGGCUAGUGGUGCCAAGUGUGAAGCCAACACGUUUGAUGGUGAGAGGUGCAUGUAUGGCUCCCUAAAUGACUCUGUUCGACGCCUGCUCAAAGAUUAUAAAUGUGUCACUGUCCGUGCCAUGCAGCGGGAUGAUUUUAACUACUUUCUGCACAUGUUACUGGAGCAGGGUCAACACAGUGACGUCAAGUUCCUGGUUCAUGGACAAACAUUUCUGGCCCACCGCUGUGUUCUCAGUGCACGCUCAGAGUACUUCACUGAAAUGUUUGAGACCAAAUGGAAAGGGAAAAACUUGAUAACCCUCAAACAUCCUUUGAUCAACCCUGCAGCCUUUGGAGCCAUCCUGCGAUAUUUCUAUACAGGACGAAUGGAUAUUGAUAUAAGCCUAGUGGAGGACUGCAGACGACUUGCUAAACAGUGCAAGAUGGCAGAUUUCAUGGAUGAGCUGGAGAAUAAAUGCAAACAGCUGUAUGAAUUUGUGUCCAACAAGCCAGGAAUCUGUGUGAAAGUCCUGAGCCUGGAGCCGCACAGCUGUCAGCUUCAGGAGGAGAUGGCUCAGUUAGCAGACUGUGCACUGCCCACUGAGCUAAGAGUUGGAUUUGGAGAACUUCCCUUUAACAGAGUCGACCGCUUCCCUACUUAUCCUGACAUCUGCUUCAGAGUCGAUGGUUACAAUUUCUUAUGUCACAAGGUGUUUUUCUGCGGGCGUAGUGAUUACUUUAAAGCCUUAAUGGAGGACCACUUCAGUGAGGGAGAGCAGCUGCAGUCCCAGCCCAGCACCCCAGUGAUAACUUUACACAACAUCUCCCAUGAAAUCUUUAUCCAUGUCAUGUAUUACAUCUACACUAAUGACACAGAGCUAACAACGGAGAAUGUGUUUGACGUGCUGUGUGUGGCUGACAUGUAUCUGCUGCCGGGGCUGAAGCGUCUGUGUGGGAAGACGCUUGCUAAGACCAUAUGUGAAGAUAAUGUUCUGUACAUGUGGAAGACGGCCAAGCUUUUCCGUCUGUCUCGGCUGGAGGAUCACUGCACAGAGUUCAUGGCCAAGAUCAUUGAGCGGCUGGUGGAGCAGGCUGAGUUUGCCGAGAUCAUCAAAGAGGAUGCUGCGUCACUGGAGGAGCGACACGAGACUGACUCCGUCCCCUUAGUGGAUGACAUCCGCUACCACAUCGCCAGCAAUGUGCAGACGUACAGUGCGAUCGAAGAGGCCAAUCAGAAGCUGGAGGCCUUGGAGGAGUUGCUGUCCAGCAUAAACAUUGACUGUUGAAGGGUCGGCAGGUUGUAGUUUGUGGCUGUGGCUGCAGCUGCUGCGGAGUUUGAGGUUUUUAAGGUUGAUGCUUUGGCAGGGGACAUACAUUGGUGAAUCUGCGAAGGAAAAAAAAAAAACAGUAUGAGGUGAGAAGAAAAACAUAUGCGUCUGUAUGUUUGUAGUAGGUUUACAAAAUAUAUAUUUUGAAAGGAGCUGGUUCUGAUUUUACAGAGGCAUAUUCAGAGACAGCUGUUUCUGUCGGCAGUUUAAAGUUUGUUUUAGUGAGAUAAACUAAAUCUGAGGAAAGAUAUCAUGUUAAUCUGUUGUUAGGUUUUGCAAGAUGGGUUUUGAUGAAACUGUGUAUUAUAUAUUUACAACAGAACAUCUUUGUGUUGCACAUGCAUGAAAUUAUUUGCUACUAUAAUUUAAACAAGCUGUAGCUCUUUUAAAAUGUAGUUUGGCCUCAACAAAAUUCAGCACCAGCCCUUAUAAUGAACUCUAUUUAAUUUUAUUAUGACAGUAUAAGAAAGCAGAACGAGUCCAUGCAAUGUACUGGCUCACACUGGACAGCUGUCGGUAAAUAGAAGUGUGCAUUCAUUUCAUUCAUCCAGAAAAUAUUUUUAAUUUCGAACUCUUAUUUUGAAGUGACAUAGAAUAUAGUUUUCUGAUGUAUUUGUUGCACAGAAGCAGUCAAGGUAUUGUUGACCUGCCUGCAGCUUUUAUUUUGUAUUUGAUUGCAUUUGGCAGCUGUAGUUCACCUCACUAUUCAACCAAUGACAUUCCUCUAGCGUGAAUACUUACACUUACCCCAACGCACUUCUGCACUUAGAUUUACCAUUUUAAAUGUAAGCAAUUUCCUGCUGCCCUGUAUAACAGCAUUACCUCUCUUGCCCAGUGUGUGCACCAGAAAAUAGAGCUGUUACUAAACUGUUUGCAUGUCAAUUUCACCGUCAACACAGCAAAAUAAUACAAUAUUUGAUUUCAGAAUGAUGAUGUCAUCCAUCUCUCAGCCUCAAUCUGCUGUUAGGAAAAUGGAUAAAUAACUGCGUUUGGUUUUGGCAAUUAAACACUGUAUAGCAAGCACGAGUAGGGUUUUAUUCGACAUAUCUCAUGAAUGUUGAAGUAUGUCAUAGUGGCUUCAUUUGAAUUCAUUGUAACAUUCUUUUAGCCGUGUUAGCAGAAUUGCUCUAGGGAUUGCGAUGUCGGCCGUUUGAUCACCCAUUUUAGCCCCACCCUGAGGUUGACAUUUGUGGUUUUAUAUGCAGUAUCUGAAUAACUAACUAACUACACCAGGCAUGUCAAAGUCCAGCCCUGACCAAUUUUAAAUGGCCCCCCCGCUUGUCUCUUAAAAUAUACUAUAAGUGGCCCACCACACAGUAUUUGUUGAUGAAGCAAGCUCACUUUGCAUUUUUCCUUUUCACCGAUAGCACUGUCCUACAGUUCAUAGACAUCUCUACAAUCCAGGUGGAAUUAAUGUUUCCAUAAAGCAGACAAACAGGCAGCAGAAAUUUGAUGUUAGACUCAAAAAAGUUUGGACACCCCUGGUCUACGCGUUACCUCAGGAGUGUGCUGAAGUAUCCAGGCUUCUUCCCUUCAUCCUCUUCUGACGACCAUAUAUAAUUUAAUUCAAAUGUUAUUUUGGGAAAUAUUUUCUUUGUGGUGCAAAGUUUAUUUCAAUGUAGGAUAGGCUAGAUAACAACCGUUAAUGUAAUGCUAAUAGGUUAAUAGAACACCUGUGAAGCAGAGUGAUACAUAAAAGUCCCAGUGUUAUACUCUAUAUCAGCACUCAUGGAAUACCUUUUGUCCAAUCAAAUUACUUGGUCGGAACUAAAUGUUGUUCAACUGUUUAUACAGCAGCCUCCAUUUAUGGGUUGUUCACAGGAAGAAUUGUAGUUGUUGACACUUAAAUAUGCUUCCUGCUUAUUAUGGUGUGUUAUAAGCAAUUUAUUAAAUGCUUAUACUGCUUAUAAAUGCUUAAUAGCGGGGUUGGAGUGUCAGUGCUAUACUUUCUAUUUAGUGUUUGUGUUGAGCAAAUUAAUAUGGUUUAAAAGUUAAGUUUAGAAAACUAUGGCUUGUUUUUUACCUUGAUAAAGCCAUAUUUUACUUAUAAAAAACCCCCAGAAAAAGUCUUGGGGAAGUUGUAAGUUUUCAGUACAGGGUUUAUUAAAUAUACAAUGUGAAAUGAAAGUUUAAAAAGCAAGUUUUCCUUCCAUUUGUUUCAUUAUUUUAUUUAGAAAAAAAUCCAGAUAUAUUUGUGUGAAUCUGAGUAACACUUUAAGAUAAAGUUUAGGAAGCCACCUAAAGAUGGCGCCUUUUCUCAGCUUAUCAUCACUGUGGCUGCAGUGAGUUGACUGUCACAGAAUGGCAGUUUCUUGGAGGAAACACAGCUUUUCAUGCAUUGUGGGAAACAAAUAAAUCCUUCAUCCAGGGCUCUGAACUCAUGGGAACAGUAUCUGAAUGGGGCCGUUUUUUCAAAUCACUCGUUCAUCACAAGUUGAUAAAGGUGCAUUGAAGGUCAGUAAAUAGUGAGGCACGGCUACAUGUUUGCAGUGAUUUAAAUAUGUGCAUAUGUUUGCGUCAGUGCACUUGCUCUGUAGUUUAUAAUUGGCGUCCCUGUGGGCUCCAUCACUCUAAUUUCAAAGAGUGUUGGAGGCGAAGACAAGUUGUAUGUCACCUUAAUGGAGCCCUAAGGUUCAGAACAGCGGGUAAGCUCAAAUUCCACUGGGGAGUACACUGUGGAGCAGAGCUGCUGUUAGAACACAUUAAAGUGCAGUUCAACCAAAACACUGAGGCCAUCCUUUAGAUAACAAAACCCUUGGCCUCCAGCCCAGCUUCUUGAAGGCUUACAUGUUGAAAAAGGCACGAAUAAACAACACAAUUAGUUAUUACCCCAGCAAGCUUCCUUUACAAAUGUUUUAUGGUUGUUGCUAAGUAACUCGGUGUGGUUUUGGUCUUGGGUGGGAAAGUCCAGUUUAUUGGGUUUCAGACUGGACAAAUGGAGAGUGUACAGGAAGAUCUUGUAUUUCUCAUCAUUUUAUUAAAUUUCCAUGGAGACGGUGUUUACAAGCCUCUCAAUGAUAAAAGCUCGGUGACUCAGUUGGUUCCUGUUCAACAGCUGAAGACUUCUACACUGGCCCCAGGUCAGAGGGUGACAGAGUGAACCCUGAAAGCUGUGAGACUGGACUUAUUUGAAACCAACCCUUUGUCAGUUAAAUCAGACUAUAAAUGGCUCUAGGGAUGUUAGUCAAUCCACCACUUUGAUGCAGACCACUUAUUGACAGAUUGAUAUGAAAUGUUGACUAUCCCCAGAGAACAAAGAUCACUGACUGUGGUGACCCCCCGAUUUUACCUUUAGUGCCACCAGCAGGUUAAAAUCUUUGGCUUUUACUUAAAUCUUUCAACUGUGCUAUGGUAUGCCAUUAGGUUUGGUGUAGAUACCCAAGAUAGGCAGAGGAUGAACCCUAUUGACUUAGUGAUCCCCUGACUUUUAAUCUAGCGCCAUCAUUAUGUCAAAUCUUUCACUUAUACUGUGAAAAUAUCGCUUCAGUUUAUGACCAAAUACCUGAAACCUAAUGACAUUCCCAACAUCCUCAGCUGUAAUUUUUGUUUAGUAUGAGUCAGUAAAUGUUAGCAUGCUAACAUGCUAAGCUAAGAUGUGUUGAAAUGUCACUCAGAGCACCGCCUCACAGAGCUGCAAACACGGUCGUAGACGCUUAAUCUUGUUUUCUCCACCUUUAUUGCCCAACUUCUCUGUUGUCAGUGAACAUGACUCACACCCGAAUCUCGUGGUCAUUUUAUUUCUUGGCACAGCAGUAAAAACAUUCUUUGCAGCCUGUCAAGCAAUUAAUCAGAUUGCCCCUUUGGCCUAUGUGAUAUUUUCUAGGAUAGUUUACAAUGGGGGCCCUUAAUAAUGUCUUUAAAUAUAACUAUCAGUCAUUGUUUUUGAUGUUAAUUGUCAUUCUCAGCUGACAUGAAUCAGUUUAUCUGAUCCAGAGUCAUCUGAUAAGAGUCAGAUGUUUGAUGGCAUGAAAUCUGUGCAUCCUCCAUCAGUGACAUCAAUGCAUGUUCAUCCAAUACAUAUUUUAACUAACUAAUUAGUUGUGUUUCAAAUCCAAACAAAUCUCAAUUUCCUUUACAAAUCAAUGGCAACAUACUGGUUUGCAGUUUUAAUAUAUUCAAAUCAAGUUGCAGCCUCCUUUAAAAAUAGGACACUGACUUGUACUAAAACUAAUUUUUUAUUUUCUCUGUCCAGUUUAUGAUUCAUAUGUCUGUCACAUGUCCUGUACAGUCCUUAAAAACAAAUCUUCUUGACGAUUUCCAUGUGUUUCUGCCAAAAAACAAUAUAAA